GAAAUGUAAUUAUUGGAGGAGAGACUCAUCCCAAAGGUCCACCUUCUCUUCCGCGAGGGAGAAAGGAGAGAUUUUGAAUCGGACUCUCCAAAUUAGACUCUCCUUUCUGCUCCAUUAGGUCCAAAUCAAAUGCUCCAAUCCAUCAUUUGCGUCAUUGAUCGUCGUUCUUUCUUCUUCCUCCUCCUCCUUGAUUUCCUCCUGUUUGUCGUAAUCGAUUUGGACGAUGAACUAUUUCAAUCUUGAUUUCAAAUUUUACUUUUGAUCUUUUCUGGGACCGAUUAGUCCUCUUGCAGAUGAAGGGAAUGCAUUUUGCAUGGUAACUGGAGGAGGAGGAGGAGGAGGCAUAUUCUAGCCUUCGGCGGUGGCGGUGAAGUUUCGUGGGGUUUUGAGGUUUGUUUUGGUCUCGCGAACAUGGCAGCUAAGACGGGGAGAGCAAUGUCGCUAGAGUUGCUUUUAAAGAAGGAGUCGUCCUCCGAGAAGAUCGAUAACCCUGAGAUUUUGUAUGGGCAAGCCAACCAGAGCAAAAAGGGGGAGGAUUUCACCUUUGUGAAGGUUGACUGUGAACGCGUAACUGGUGAAGGAGUCACUCCCUUCUCCGUAUUUGCGCUAUUUGAUGGGCAUAAUGGUUCUGCAGCUGCUAUAUAUUCUGAGGAAUAUCUUUUGAAUAAUAUCUUAAGUGCCAUUCCAGCAAAUCUGAGUAGAGAUGAAUGGGUAGCAGCACUACCAAGAGCUUUGGUUGCUGGAUUUGUUAAAACGGACAAAGACUUUCAAACUAAAGCUCGUUCUUCUGGAACUACCGUGACAUUUGUCAUUAUAGAUGGAUGGGUAAUAACAGUAGCAUCAGUUGGCGAUUCACAAUGCAUACUUGAGUCUGCUGAAGGUUCCAUCUAUCUGUUGUCGGCAGAUCAUCGAUUCGAGGUUAAUGAAGAAGAGGUUGAGCGAGUACAGGCUAGUGGAGGAGGGGUUGGGAGAAUGAAUGCUGGUGGAGGUGCAGAGAUUGGCCCUCUUAGAUGUUGGCCAGGUGGGUUAUGUAUAUCAAGAUCAAUUGGGGACAUGAAUGCAGGUGAAUUGAUUGUUCCUAUUCCUUAUGUCAAGCAAGUAAAGCUAUCCAACAAUGGUUGUCGGCUUAUCAUCUCAAGUGAUGGUGUUUGGGAUGCAUUGUCAUUUGAAACGGCUUGCAAUUGCUCUCGAGGCCUCUCAGUAGAAGCUGCUGCCCACCAAAUUGUUAAAGAAGCCGUGCAAGUAAAAGGACUACGAGAUGAUACUACUUGCAUUGUGGUUGAUUUGAUACCAUCAGACAAGUUAACACCUUCUGCGCCACCACAAAAGAAGCAAGGGAUGGCAGUAUUCAAAAAUAUGUUUCGACGCAAGUCUAAUGAGCCAUCUUCUCAAUCAGAUAAGGAUUGUAUAGAGUCAGAUAUGGUGGAGGAACUAUUUGAGGAUGGAUCUGCAUCAUUGGAACAAAGGCUAGAGGUUGGCUAUCCCAUUUGCAACCUGUUCAAGCUUUUUGUAUGUGCAGUUUGCCAAGUAGAGCUGAAACCUGGUGAAGGAAUUUCAAUCCAUUCGGAUUCAUCGGAACGACAACAACCAGAAAAUUCACGCGCUUGGGAUGGCCCUUUCCUGUGCCAAAGUUGUCACGAUAAAAAGGAAGCGAUGGAAGGGAAAAAGUCAUCAAGUGAUGAUAAUUAAGGAUGACACCUGAUGCAAGCACUUGUACCUUAUUCAUUUGCAUUUGUUUAUCAAUCCCGCAAUCCUUUCAUCUGUUCAUCCAAGUAAUUAUACCAGAAAGGAUGAUCUUACAAUCAUGAAGGACUCCAUUCGGAUAGUUGUUUUCAACUUAGAGGCUAAGAUGCCAACAAUGUAUAUAGAAUAUGUUUAGGACUACAAGAGAACAUUACAAUUCUCCCAUAAAUGCACUUGGCAAGGGCCAAACU